GUUCGAUGGAUAGGGUCGUCAAAGCGCAUCCUGAAAGAUUCCCGGACCCCUGCAGUUGUCGACGGAAACGUGAGGAGAUAAACGCUAUCCCGGAAGAAAUUGGGAUUUCAAGAUGGCAGAGCGUGUCAAUAACUUUCCUCCCCUGCCUCAGUUCUUGAGAAUAAAGCCUUGCUUUUACCACAACAUUGAAGAGGAAAUUCCUGCACCACACCAGCAGUUGGUGCGCAGAGUCUACACACUUUGGAUGAUGUAUUCAGGCACACUAUGCUUUAAUGUGAUCUCAUGUAUUGCUUGGUGGGCUGGGGGUGGACGCGCCACGGAGUUCGGCUUUGCUCUACUCUGGCUCAUCCUCUUCAGUCCGUGCAGUUACACCUGCUGGUACAGACCACUCUACAAAGCCUUCAGGGCUGAUAGCUCAUUCAACUUCAUGGCCUUCUUCUUCAUCUUCUUCCUUCAGUGUGUCUUGUCUCUAAUCCAGACCAUUGGCCUCUCUGGCUGGGGAACAUGCGGCUGGAUUGCGACAAUGAUGUUUUUCGGCACAAAUGUGGGCUCCGCUAUAGUGAUGCUUAUCACAACUCUGCUCUUCACUGUGGUGACUGCUUUAAUGGCACUGGUACUCUUUAAGGUGCACAGAAUGUACCGUGGCGGCGGCGGUAGUAUGGAGCGCGCUCAGGAAGAGUGGAGCACCGGGCUGUGGAAGAGCGCACCAGUGAGGGAAGCAGGUUUUAACGCUGUUGCUCAGAAUGCCCAAGGCCCGAGCUUGCCCCAGUACCCCGCCGCAGUGCCGAGCUAUCCCGACAACAGUCACUGGUGAUAGCAGAGAGUCGCCUCUAGGUGGAGACAGAUAGCUGGUCGUUUCUAAGCACCAUAUCAUCUCACCCUUAUAUGACAAAAUGCAUAGAAAUAUUUUUUUGAGUGAGAGAAUAGGAUUGCUAUAAAAACGUUUUAUCAAAGUUUUUCCACCAAAGCUCAAUACUACACUUCGUAGUAGAGGGUCAUCUUCAAAAUAUGCCAUUCCAUUUCAACCUUUGUUUACAUAUAUUUUAUUAUUAAAUGAAUGAGAGAGAACUACAAAUUCAUGCUCAAAAGUCUUGCAAAUAUGCAAUUGGAAACUCAAAAAGAGUGUGCACUGUUUCAAAAAUAGCAGUAUGUGAAGGUUGUGUGCCUUAUGGACCUUUAUGAUAGCAUUGUUUUAUGUAUUGCCAAAUCUGCAUGCUAGAAAUCGUAGUGUGCCAAACAACAGGGUUUUUUUCUUAUUUUGCAACAAGAGAACGUCUGCAAGCUGCACGUUUUUUAUCCGGUGGAAUUCUUUUCUUUGUAAUACGUGUAGUGUCAGGACUUCAGUUUAUUUUUGAUACGCUUGAAAUCUCAACGCUUUGCCUGCUGUGGCUGUGAUUUCUUGACAUGCGCCUUAUUAUUCCGUGCAGAUCUUGUAUGUGAAAACUAUCCUGCUUGACUUUCGCCUUAACAAACGCUGCUUUUUUUUUUCCUUCAUUGAACUGGACUUUUGCUUCAGUGAAGCAACGUGUGUGUGUGUGUGUGUGUGUGUGUGUGUGGAAACAUUUCAAAAGUUGUUGGUGCGUAACCCUCCGCUGUGAUUUCUCACCGAGCACUCGUGUGCCAAAACACUUGCCUAUUUCCAUUAUUUUGAUACUGAAAAAAGUCACACCCAAAGUAGAUGUAUUCAGUUUCUAUAUUUCCAAGGCUACACUGUUUGCUUUUAGUGGUCAGCGCCCUGCCGUGAAAGAACCUUAUCUGCUGUUGUCAAUGUUCCAGCCACUCUCGCUGUCCUCCAGAUAGACUGAAUUUUUGUGUUUGGUGACUGCAGUGUACUUGCAUGUAGACUAUCAUGGGAGUGGGACUGAACAGGCGUUUCUUAUUUCAAAUGAACUGACCUCAUGUAACCAAUACAAACAACUCAACUGACUGAAAAAAUAACUGCAAAUGGAUCAGCGGUGAAGUGAAAUCUUGCAUGUCAAUGUAUUCACAGUGUGUUUAAAUAUCCGUCUGCUAACUAAUUUACUGUCAUUUCAACAAACGUAUGUAAGAAAUCUGAUUAACCCCAAUGAGUGUGGCUUUUUAUGCAGAUAAAAUAUGAGUUCAACUGCUUUUUAAUUUGGGCUUGAUGAUCCAAAAAGCCAAUAAGAAUAAGUACCGCCAGGAAGUAAAAGGUGCCUGCCGCGUAGUUUGAUUUAUUGACAUUUUCUUGUUUCAAAAGUGUCCUUCAUGGCCAACUGCCAAGAUUAUCAUUUUAGAUUUUUCUCUGUUCUUUGAUAAGUGAUUAAAUGAAAUGGGUAUGUUAAAGUAAACUUUAAAUAUUGCAACAUUUCAAUAAAUAUUCUUAUUCCCA